CGUUAUGAAAGAGAAAUGAAAACCUACAUCCCCCCCAAAGGGGAGACCAAAAAGAAGUUCAAGGACCCCAAUGCACCCAAGAGGCCUCCUUCGGCCUUCUUCUUGUUCUGUUCUGAGUAUCGCCCCAAAAUCAAAGGAGAACACCCUGGCUUAUCCAUUGGUGAUGUUGCAAAGAAACUGGGAGAGAUGUGGAACAACACUGCUGCAGAUGACAAGCAGCCCUAUGAAAAGAAGGCUGCCAAGCUGAAGGAGAAGUACGAAAAGGAUAUUGCUGCUUACAGAGCUAAAGGAAAACCCGAUGCAGCGAAAAAGGGGGUGGUCAAGGCGGAAAAGAGCAAGAAAAAGAAGGAAGAGGAAGAUGAUGAGGAAGACGAAGAGGAUGAAGAGGAGGAGGAAGAAGAGGAAGACGAAGAUGAGGAA